UACUAAAAAAAAUUACAUCAGAAGCCAUCAUUUAAGAUAAGUUUCCAAGGAUUAAAAGAGGCUGAAAAAAUUUCAGGCAACCAAGAGCUUACAACUUAAUGCUGAUGUUUAGGAAUAUGACAGCUUUCUUCAACCCAAGAGACUCUACGGGGGUGGGUAAUUCAGUGGUCCACAAGCGGUCUCCUUUACGGCGACACCAAAAGCCACCAAUAUCCUUGACCAAGCUGUCCUCGCGGGAUGGACAGCAAGCAAAAAAGCCAGUGUGCAAAUUUGAAGAAGGUCAAGAUGUCCUAGCCAGAUGGUCAGAUGGCUUGUUUUAUCUUGGAACUAUCAAAAAGAUAAACAAACUGAAACAGAGCUGCUUCAUUAUAUUUGAAGACAGCUCAAAAUCCUGGGUUCUUUGGAAGGACAUACAAACAGGAGCUACUGAAAGUGGGGAAAUGGUCUGUACAAUAUGUCAAGAAGAAUAUUCAGAAGCACCCAAUGAAAUGGUUAUAUGUGAUAAAUGUGGUCAAGGUUAUCAUCAGCUGUGUCACACACCAAAUAUUGAUUCUGCUGUGAUAGAUUCAGAUGAUAAAUGGCUUUGCCGGCAGUGUGUCUUUGCAACAACGACAAAGAGAGGUGGCGCGCUUAAGAAAGGACCAAAUGCCAAAGCCCUGCAAGUCAUGAAGCAAACAUUGCCUUACAACGUAGCAGAUCUUGAAUGGGAUGCAGGCCAUAAAACUAAUGCCCAGCAGUGUUAUUGCUACUGUGGAGGUCCUGGAGACUGGUAUUUGAAGAUGCUACAAUGCUGCAAAUGUAAACAGUGGUUUCAUGAGGCUUGUGUGCAGUGCCUCCAAAAGCCAAUGCUUUUUGGUGACAGGUUUUAUACAUUCAUUUGUUCAGUUUGUAGUUCUGGACCAGAAUACCUCAAACGUUUACCCUUGCAAUGGGUGGACAUAGCACAUCUAUGCCUUUACAACCUAAGUGUUAUUCACAAAAAGAAAUAUUUUGAUUCAGAGCUUGAACUCAUGACCUACAUUAAUGAAAACUGGGAUCUACUGCACCCUGGUGAACUGGCAGACACACCAAAAUCUGAAAGAUACGAGCAUGUCCUGGAGGCGUUAAAUGAUUACAAGACCAUGUUUAUGUCUGGAAAAGAGAUAAAGAAGAAAAAGCAUUUGUUUGGCCUGAGAAUUCGUGUUCCUCCUUGCCCACCAAAUGCUGCUUUCAAGGCUGAGAAAGAACCUGAGGGAACUUCACAUGAUUUCAAAAUUAAAGGCAGAAAAUCAUCUAAACCUGUGCCUGAUCAGAGGGAAGUUACUAACGGUGUAGAAAAAAAGGGAAAGAAAAAAUGUGUAGGUCGUCCACCUGGUCCAUAUACCAGGAAAAUGAUUCAAAAAAUGUCUGAGCCAUCACUUUUGGAACCUGUCAUAGUGCAAGAAUCCCCUACUUUGGAUUUACCUAGCACUAUUGGAAGAUCUGAUGGAACUGCACAUUCAUCGAAUACCUCAGAUGUAGAAUCUACAGGUGCUGUCAGUACAAAAGAAACUACCUCAACCUGUAUUCCCAAACAUUACAGCUUAUCUGACUCCAGGAAAAGGACACGUACAGGAAGAACUUGGCCAGCUGCAAUACCACAUUUAAGGAGAAGAGGACGCCUUCCACGGAAAGCACUCCAGACCCAGAAUUCCGAAAUUGUAAAAGACGAUGAAGGCAAAGAUGAUUAUCAGUAUGAUGAACUCAACACAGAGAUUCUGAAUAACUUAGCAGAUCAGGAGUUACAGCUUAACCAUCUCAAGAACUCUAUCACCAGUUACUUUGGUGCUGCAGGUAGGAUAGCUUGUGGUGAAAAAUACCGUGUGUUGGCUCGGCGUGUGACACUUGAUGGAAAGGUGCAGUAUCUUGUGGAAUGGGAAGGAGCAACUGCCUCCUGACUGUAGGACUGAACAUUAUGUUCACUGUACUGCUGUUCACUAUUUAUAAUGCACAGUUUUAAAUCAGGAGUGCAGAAGGAAACUUAAUGAUGUUUCUAAAAAUGGAAACCAAGUUAGCCUUAACUCUUGCUUCUUAACAGUACAAACAUUGUGAUAAGAAUACAUUUUUUAAAAUAAGGUUGGGUUCUUAAUUUUUUAAAGUAAAGAUUUAGAUUGACUUUGGAUGGGAAUCUUGGAUUUCAGUUUGCUUUAAAAUGUGCAUGAGUACAGAGUGACUGUCUAAAGUACGUUCUAAGGAUACUCCUUUUUUGCAAUUAGGGAUAUUUUCUAUAGCUAGGAAACAAUUUUUAGGAUGACUCUUAAUCUUUUCUUACCCAAAUUUUGCAAAAGUGUAUUUCUACAUUGACAACCCUAGAUUUUCAUAAGGUGCAGUGUAUAUAAUUCCUACUGAGAACUGUAAAAUAUUGAAAUCUUUCAAGCAAAGUGUAAAAAAUAUAUAUAUUGAGCCUGUAAAUUGCUCUGUGACUAGACUUUGUGGUCUCCUUAAUAUAUUCUUUGCAUGUGUGUAUAUGUACACCUACGUGUGCAUGUGUAUAUAUGUGUGGUUGUGACCUAUGCAAUAUCAAUUAUGGGAUUGGGCAGCUUUUGACUAUAUAUCCCAUAAUUCUUUUAUCAGGAAUAGUUGCAGUAUUUACACAGCAGCAUUUCUUCUCAGGCUUUCUUGGGUGCUGUUGCUUGCCGCAUACUACAGAAUAUGUGUCAAAUGAGUGUCGUGUGUUCUGGCAGUGAGUCCAGUCAUAAAUGUUCAUAUGCCUUUUUAGAAGUAAAGUCAGGCUGUAAUCCUGCCCACCAGGACCCAGAGCAGUUAUAUUUCCUGGUCUCUUAACUGUGAUUAC